AUGCAUCGUAUUGAUCAAAAUGUUCCGAUUGAAGAAACUAUGGGAGCAUUGAAAGAACUUGUCCAAGCUGGCAAAAUCAAAUAUAUUGGUUUGUCUGAAUGUUCGAGUAACACACUUCGACGUGCUCAUGCUGUUCAUCCAAUUUCGGCUGUUCAAAUUGAAUAUUCACCAUUUAGUCUGGAAAUCGAACAUGAAGAUAUUGGUCUUCUGAAAACUUGUCGAGAACUUGGCGUAGCAAUCGUUUGUUAUUCGCCAUUAGGUCGUGGUCUUCUUACUGGACAAAUCAAGAGUCCUGAUGAUCUUGAACAAAAUGAUUUUCGAAGACGCCUACCACGGUUCUCCAAGGAAAAUUUUGACAAAAAUCUUCAGUUGGUCGACACAUUAACAUCAUUAGCCAAGAAGAAAGGUUGCACAACUGGCCAAUUGACACUCGCUUGGGUCCUUGCUCAAGGUGACGACUUCAUUCCGAUUCCAGGUACAACUAAAAUCAAGAACUUGGAAGAAAAUGUCGCGGCUGCACAAAUUCAAUUGAGCAAGGAUGAAGUUAAUGAAAUUCGACAAGCUUGCUUGAAAGCCGAUAUAGCUGGUGAACGUUAUCCGAAAGAGAUGGCUGCUAGUCUCUUUGCUGAUUCGGCACCGAAAAAGGACUAG